AUGGUUGCUAGGGCAGAGACAUCAGUAUUUUGGCCAGGAAUCACACCUGCCAUUACGGCUCUUCGUACCAGUUGCCAACAAUGCAACCGUAGUGCACCAUCAAAUCCUAGCGCACCACCAGUACCUCCAUUAAGUCCAGAGUAUCCAUUCCAGUGCUUAUGUGCUGACUAUUUCAGCUACCAAGGGCAUCAUUUCCUUGUUGUAGUGGACCGUUAUUCCAACUGGCCAAUUGUAGAGCAGUCAGCUAACGGAGCCCAAGGACUGAUCACAUGUCUUAGACGUAUAUUUGUGACAUAUGGAAUACCUGAUGAACUUGCCUCUGAUGGUGGCCCUGAAUUCACUGCUGUAGCCACACGUCAAUUCCUGAGUGAUUGGGGUGUACACCAUCGCCUAUCCUCCGUAGCCUUCCCACACAGCAACUGUAGGGCCGAAAUUGGUGUAAAGACAGUGAAGCGUCUCCUUAUGGAUAACACAACUUCCACUGGUGACAUAAACACAGAUGCCUUCCAGCGUGCCAUGCUUCAGUACAGAAGUACCAAUUCCACCUGGAAAGUAUAA